AUGCCUUUAAGGACCGAUUACGCUCGCUAUCCGCGUGAUGUGCGUGAAAAACAGAACGUGACGCGGCCCGCCGGGGAGCGGCGCCUGGCGGAUCUUCACCUCACCGCAUACCCCAGUGUUCUCAACAGUAAUGCACUGGCGGCAGCAGAUUCAUCUGAAACCCCGCCAAAGCCCGUUGCGCAGAACAAACCGUACAUGGAGAAACCUCCAGUGGAGCUGAUGACAACAAAUCAGUUGACCGCGCUCCUCAGUAAAAUGGCGAAAGAGGAGGCACUCAAGGACACAACGAAGGGUACGCCACUCGGUGGCGUGGAGUGUACGGAACUGGAUCGCAAAACAACCUACCGACUCGAUUAUUGCAACAAGGACGUGCCGGGAUUUCACACACGGCAGCGGGUUAUACCAGACUACAUGAAGAACUGGACUGAGACAGAGAAGGAUGAUAUCCGAGAAGCCAGGAAGUAUCCUUAUCUCUCUAUCCCGCAGAGUGUGCUUAAUUGUCGACCAACUACGUACCGCCGUGAUUACAUUCCGACAGCACAGCCCAACGAAUACAGGACUCUCUCUCACAAGACAAACCUCCAGGAUAUGCCUCCAUCCUUCGCGUACUCAACGUAUGCACUGGAUGAUCCACGGCGCAUCAUUAAGUACGACGAGGUUGUGGCCGCGUGCAGCAAACCAAAAUGCAUGCUGUGGAAGAGUUAUAGUCCGCGCGAUUCUUUCCGUGCGAAGACAGGAGUUGCAAAGGACGUUGCCGAGGAGUUGAGACUACUGCAAGAGUUGCGAGGGCCAUCGAAUCGAUCGUCGGAAUCGAGCUCCGUGGCUGGGAAACAGAGGGAAAGCAGUGUUGAAUGCAAGAAACCGAUUCUCUUGCCAGGGUUGCGUGGAAUGGGAUAUCGUAUGGCACCGGGUGAUGGCAAGGAGUACAUUUGGCUUCCUCGAGAUCACUUUUGUCAUCGAAUCGUAUAUGACUACUAG